CGCAACACGAACCAAGAAGAUCAACAAGCAAGCAAGCAACAAGCAAGACAGCACCCAUCAACUUCCAUCACAUCACAGCACAGCACGCAGCCCACCACACCAACAGACCAGCACAGACAGACGAUGCCUGUGAAUGAAGUGCUGAGUGGGGCCUUUGCGCUUGUGCACAAGGCCAACACGCAAAAGGGACACGCCGUCAAGUUGAUUGAACGCUGUGAGCGCAUCCUUGCGUCGCAGACACCGCACAAGCUGCUUGGCAUCGCCUUGCAGGUCGACAAUGCCAUUCAGGACUACGGGCGGACGUGCAAGGAUGCAGAGACGGCGCUGAUUCAGCUGAAAAAGGACCGGCCAGAAGGCGUGAGCGACGCGCAGCUGCGCAAGCUGCGAGAAGAGAUCAAAGGGCUUCACGACGACUUGGCAGAUAUGAAGAGGCGGCUGAUUCAGGUUGAUCGCGAGCGGCGGCGGCUGCUCGAAGAGGAGCAGGCACAACAGCAGCAGCAACAACAACAGGAGGGCACCGAUGGACAGUCGGGUGCUGGUGAUGCCGGCAUGCGCCAACAGCAACAACAACAGCAGCAACAACAGCAGCCGUUCAGACAAGAACAAUGGCAGGAGACACGCAGGAAGCUGGUUGAGGAGCAGACGCAGUUUGUGCAGCAGCGAGAAAAGGGUGUGCAGCAACUGCACCAGGACAUGCAAGACAUUCACAGCAUCCUCCAAAACAUGGCAGAGGAAGUGACCACACAAGGCCAACAACUCCCCAGCACCAAAUCAAAUGCCCCAUAA